AUGCGCUGGUUUGACGGCCAAGGUCGAGGCCGCGCGAUUCUGCCGCGCGCCGCCGCGUCGGCUGGUCUUUCUUGCGCGCCCUCUUUCUGGAAACAGCUUCCACAGGGGAUUAAUGCGCAGUUUGGGUCGCGAGUGACAACAAUCCUGAAGGCGAGGUGUAACAAGCAGCUGAGCAUGAGCAGUCUGGACGUGCGCAUAUCGAUUGCCGCAAGGACAAGGGCGCCGACGCCCCGCGCCACCCACCCCCACCCCCCCGCUACCGCCCGCUGGAUGGGA